AUGGAAAACGGAACGGACUGCAGCCCGACUAGUCUUAAAAAACUGAAAUCCUACAGCAUCGACAGCAUUCUGGGAACGGAAAACAAAACAGCAACGACGACGUCGUCCACGAUGACGGCAGAUCAGUAUCGUUGUCUUAAUGUUGGCAAACAGAUGAUUUACGACAUAGACACAGAUGUGGCCAAGAAUCUGCGAGAAGAAAGCCAAGACCUGUCCAAUACAGGUGCUGUGAUCAAACAGUGUUCAGGAUCCAAUCAAAAGACUCCUAGUCCUAACACGUCUUUCGAAAAUAUCGCCUCCCCUCCUCACCUUCGGUACUCCCCUCCAGACAGCCACCACUCCCCGCCGCCGGUCAACGUGGACGAAGCGGAGGACAACGGACGUCUGGACGUGACCAGCUCGGAGAACGACGACGGCAGCUGCAAGCCGCGGAAGAUCCGCCGCAGCCGCACGACGUUCACCACGUACCAGCUGCACCAACUCGAGCGUGCCUUCGAGAAGACGCAGUACCCGGAUGUGUUUACGCGGGAAGAGUUGGCGUUACGUCUGGAACUCAGCGAGGCUCGAGUGCAGGUUUGGUUUCAAAAUCGUCGUGCUAAGUGGCGCAAGCGAGAGAAGGCGAUGGGACGAGAGAGUCCGUGCUUCAUAACGGACGGCGUUCCGAGCGCCGGACUCAACGAGCUCUGUCUCAGCAAUCAACUCGGCUUCCAGUCCGUCGUGCACCCGUUCUGGUCCGCCCGGUUCCCGAAUCUUACCGGUCUCGGUCCCAUGAUGUCCCUCAGUCAGAUGGGCGUCAACAGCAUGGCGUCCACCUACCUCCAGGACAAGCUUCCGUUCGGGGGUCUCCUCUCCAACUACAUGAUCUCCAACGGGGCCAUUCCCAUCCACCCAGGGAUGUUCGGUCCUGUUAACAUGGGGUCCACGGCGCCGCCUAAUUUCGCGGGCGCCAGACUGUCUCCGGUGAAUGAGAGCCUGGAUUUGAGGAAAACGAGCAUUGACACUCUGAGGCUGAAGGCGAAGGAACACUCGGCCACUCUGGGCGAUCAGAUGAAGUUCUCCGGUCCUCAUUCUACAGAAAUCGCAGGAUGA